GAAAACCUAAAGAGACACAUUAAGAAUACUAGGAGAGAUUUAGUGACAUGAAGAAUAAAACAAAGGAAGGAAACUGAGUAAUAAUGAAAAAAAAAAAAAAAAUUAAAACAGAAAGAAGUAUAUUGAAUUGAAGGUUUUUGAUGAUAAAUGUGAGGUGAAUAUCGUAUAUGUUAAGUCUUGGACAGUGAAUGGAAAAGAAUGAAAACCUUAUGAGAAGCAUUAAAAAAUACCAGGAGAUAUUUGAUGAUAUGAAGAAUUACGCCAGAAUAAUAAUUUGCUAACGGAAACUUAAGGAAGGGCUCGCUUUGAUAGAAUUUACAUACCAUAAGUAUAUGAGUCUAAGAGAAGAGAAACAUAUGGAUAAAAACAGCUGAGGUUACUUUCUACUAUGACAAAAGUUAACAUUCUUAACAGUUCGUAUUGGUAAGGUAUUUUGAAUCUACUUAAUCUUGGCACAAUCAUAACAGCACAAUACAUUGCACGAAUCUGUAAUGAAAGAUUAGGAUCGUGAGCAAGAAUAUGUACAGUGCAUCAGUCUAUAUUAUACCAGCAGAACGUCAAUCCGACACCGGGUGGCCCAAACGAUGCAACAGACACUCAUACAUACAUCAUUCACACACUGAGCCCUGUUAGUCUCUGGUAGAAAUGGACCUUGUGGAUAACCUUACUACAUCUGAGAGCUUACGUAUAGGUUGUACGUAACCUAAGACACUCCUCUGACAGCAUGAGAGCGGAUUGACCUGUGAAAAGACUAAAGAGGGAUUUGUAUAGUUUUCGUGGAAACAUUUACACAGAGACAUUAGUUACUGAGAGAGAGAGAGAGAGAGAGAGAGAGAGAGAGAGAGAGAGAGAGAGUACUGAUGUCUCCACUGAUAAUGACGGAGUGAGUAACCGCCCAGAUAGGAGAUUCAAGGUCAGGAAGAAAUAAACACGUGACUGUUGGAAAUUCAAUGACAAAACACAAGCCUUGUGCUGAAAUUGAAGACUCGGAGAGUACGAGGGAAGAAAGUGAGAUUUACUGUACAAAAACACCACCCAUAUGACGUCGUGCUGAAAAAUAAAAAGCUUGGAGAUGAGAAAGGACAGUGUUGUGAAAAUUUAUCAAAGAACGAACGAAUGUUUUCAGAUAUUAAUGCAGAAAAAAAGUUGAAGGAGUUGUGAGUUAUCAAGGCACCUUGUUGAGUGGUCACGUUGAGGCCGGUGUGAGCUGAGACAAAAUUUCAGUGUUGUUAUAGUCAUUGGCAGUCGAGUAACCUGCAGCUCUCAGGUACUGUAUUGAGCAAGAAAGAUAACAUGAGAACAAAAGAAAAUAAGGGAAACUACAAGAAUCUAAUAGGCCUUCACGCAGCAGUCCAUGUAUAAAGUAUGCCUAUCUAUAUCUAUCUAUAUCCAUUUAUUAUCACUGGAAUUUCCCUAUCGAUUAUGCAUACAAUCUAGUUACUAAGUCUGUUUCAGUCAUCUACCAUUCCAGAACCAGCUUCCUUCCAUCUUUUGUUUUAAUUCGAACUUUACGAAUUGAACCCCAUCACCUCUCCUGUUUCGAUUAGCAGUAACACGGUUAACAUUUUCUACCUAAUUUUUAAAUCUGUUGAAAUCUUCAUCAAGCCAAUCAAUUACUAGAUUCUCACCACAUCUAGACUUCACUGAGAGAAGACGUAUGCUAAGCACGGAGGAAAUAUGCCAGUCCUUACUCAACGUUAUCUUAAUUUGUUUCACUUAUGUUAUCCCACUUUUUUUUCUUUGUUUGUUUCCUCUUGUUAUUUUAUCUUCACGCAAAUACUAGCCUACACUAUAUACACAUAUAUCUAGAAUUUUUUUUUUUUUUUUUUUUUUCCGUUUCUCUUUGCUUCUGAUAAUAUGCCAACAUCCCUUUUCCUUUAGUUUUUUUUUUUUUUUGUUACUUUCCUACAAUUCCUGCUAAUUUCGUUCCGUUUUUAUCCAUCGUUCCGCGAUUGCACUUCUCAUACAUAUAUUUCUCCCCCAUACAUGCGUAGAUUUUUAACUCUCAAUUUCAAAAUCUGGGCCAUGUGUACGUGCGUCCGUUGUAGGAAGUACCGCAUGAACUGAGAUUUUUAUAAAGAUCUCACUGAUCUUCUCUCUAGCCUCACUCAGGGAUGGAGGGAAAUGAUCAAAGACAGACUGGUAGGGUGAAUGAUACGCUUUCAAGGUUUCUCUUCUCUUCAACUCUCUCUCUCUCUCUCUCUCUCUCUCUCACUGAAUUUUCCCCGGCUAGGCCUAUAUAUUUUCUCGCUGACAAUCUCUUUCAGUCAUUUUCUCCAGCAGCCUCCUUUCUCCUUCCCUCAUUUUAAGAUGUUUGUAUGCAUCUAUCAGAAUCAACAGAAGAAUUUUUGUACAUCUUGAAGAAAUUGAGAUGAUUUUACGCGUUGCGUGAGGAGAUGUCGAGGAGUCAUCAUCUUAUGCAAUUGUUUUCAACCUCAUCAGGAGUCUGUUCAUCCCAAGACAUCUUUUCGAGUAGCCCGAGAGAUAUGGGUGCCCGAGAUUGGGAUUCCCUGGUGGAUAGACAACUAGAUAUCAGGAUGUACCAUUUUGUGUUGACUAGGGCAUGUAUAAAUAGACAGAGUGGAUGGUUAGGUCACAAGUGCGUGUGUGGGGCGACACGAUCCUAGAGACAGGUAAACAAUAUCGAAGCGAGCUUGGUAAAAUCGGAACCAAGGCUAAAAAGUCAGGAAAGCAGUCUUCAAAUCUGAUCAGAGCGAGAGUUGUUGACUGAGCUGUGCUGUACUGGGAGUCUCCGUACAGCAUCCCAUCACAUCGCGUUAUUCCGGGGUGAAGGUAACAAACUCAAAAUAGGCCUGCGUCUGCGUCUCAUGAAUCGGCGCUAUAUAGCAGCAGACAGUCAGGACGCACCAGUGUUUAACUUUCACUUUCCAUUCGUCCCCUCCUCCCUCAUCCAGCUCCCCCAGCCGUCUCCUUCACCUUAUAUCUCUCCCCCUCCUCCCUAGCACCGUCUCCUCCUCUUCCUUUUUGCACUCCUUGCUGUCUUCACCCUUACUCCUCUCACAACAUAAUUUCCCUCGCACACAAACACUCCCACAGCUGCAUGUUGCUGUGCUACUACAUGCAUGAACAGGUUAAAUUUACACCUUACGUUCCCUCCAGCCUAGUAGACAGCCAGCAGGUGAGACUACAGGAGAGAGCGACAGAACUGCGUUUGCCAGGGGCGCGUUGCAGCGCGGCCAGUGAUUACAACAUUUAAAGCUGCUUCCUCCAUCGUCACUCACUUCCCUCAUCUUCCACCUCUGGCGGUCACCUCUUCCUCCUGGCGGCUUGCCGAAGACAGAAAAGCUAAAUUCUAUUGUUCAACUCAAGUUAGCUUGCCAUGUUGCAACGCCCAGCAUGUAGUGGACACACACACACACACACACACACUCUUAUCAAGUAAGAAAUAAUGAGACGAGAGCACCGCCACUUGAUGUCAGGUUCUUCCUUCAAACAGAGAUAAUGUGUCUGUCUGUGCGUCAGGAAAUUCUAAAUGGACCACUUAUUGCCAGACAAUCUCAACUUCAUUCCCCUUCAUUCAUCCCACUUUCAGAGCUGGGCACUUCCAUACCUCGGUCCACACCUCCGCUCCUCCAUACCUGCAGACCACCAAAUGAGGAAUGCUGGCUGGACCUCUUCAAGAGGUACAACACCCAUCUCCCCAGCUCUGCUGCUGUGGAGAGGCUGUUCAGCUCUGCAGAGACAUCUUGUGGGCAAAGAGGUCCAGCCUCAGCAAUGUAAAUUUCGAACAGCUGGUGUUUGUGAGGCACAACAUGCACCUCCUGGACUACAAGGAAGUGCAGCACAAAGAGGAGGAGCAGGACUUGUAGAUUAUGUUUAAUGAACAUGUCAAAUUGUGAAUCGUUUCAAAACUGUCAUUUGUGAUAGAUAGUAAACUGAAUCAGCAACAUAUUUUUCUAUAUCCCCAUGUCUUCUCUUCCUCUUUUGAAUUAAACAAACCGGAAGUUUCUGUGCUGCGUGUGCUGAGGUAUGGUAAUUAUGAUGAAUAUGAAAGUAGCUACUGAAUUUAAGGUGAGGAUAGUGUAUGUACACUUUGAAAUAAUAAUAAUAAUGUUACAAUGACUUCCAGUUACUGCUAAUUGUAUAUACAUUAAAAUGAAUACAUGC